AUGGUUGAUGCCGGGCCGAUCGUUGGUGGAAAUGUUUGUAAUGAGGGCACUGAAUGGCAAUGCGAAUGCACGAGAUGUUGGGAACAAUUCGAGGAGAUCCCCGGACUCGAGUGGAUAAGAUUGGGUCUUGACGAGUGCUCGAAAGUGAACGCGAGUCGGCUGGGGGAGAAAUUGGCUGGAUGGUUGAAUGAGGAAUGCGCCUCAUUCGUCUCUUGCGCUUUAUCGCUUCCAAUCGCCUCGUCGCAAAUUCUGAUCGGUCAUUGGGGAUGCGAGAAGAAAAGCACGGAGAUUCGAGUGCUUUUGCUGAAGAAUCGGCACGGCAAUUUGUCUUCUACAGGUCAGAGUUUC